CAAAGACAGCUCGUUGACGUGACGACUCACACUGAAAGGACCCUCGGAGUGACGUCACCCGCUCGGCGACAGACAUCGGGCAGUUCUUCGUGAAGCGGCUCGCUGUUGAUAAAUAACUGAGGCGAUCGUUUAUUGUUUAAAUAACAUAAUGCCUAAGGUGAAAAGGAGUAGGAAACCACCUCCAGAUGGCUGGGAGCUCAUAGAGCCGACUCUUGACGAGCUGGACCAGAAAAUGCGCGAAGUUGAGACCGAUCCUCACGAGGGCAAGCGGAAGGUCGAGUCUCUCUGGCCGAUCUUCAGACUUCAUCACCAGCGCAGCCGCUACAUCUUCGACCUCUUCUACAAGAGGAAGGCCAUCAGUCGAGAGCUUUAUGAAUAUUGCAUCAGAGAGGGCUAUGCAGACAAGAAUCUGAUUGCCAAAUGGAAAAAACAGGGCUAUGAAAAUCUGUGCUGUCUGCGGUGCAUUCAGACGCGUGACACAAACUUCGGGACAAACUGCAUCUGCAGAGUUCCCAAGGGCAAGCUCGAAGUGGGUCGUAUCAUUGAGUGCACUCACUGUGGAUGCAGAGGAUGUUCUGGAUGAGUCAAGAGGGCAACAACGUUUCGAACUUACUGAUUUUUGAUUUGUAUUUUUAAUACAUUUAUUGGGUUGUCAUUACAAUGUUGAAACGGAUUGUAUGUGUAUGCUUUGAUUUUGUAUUUUCAUUAUUUUUCUUUCAUUAUUUGUAUUAAACCGUGUGUCUUAUUCUGGG